AUGCCUCACGGCUUUAGUUUUCAAGCGUUUAGGGGGGGGGGGGGGCCGUAUAUAGUGUGGGGACGGGAUUGGGGGGGUGGAGGUGGUGGGGUUGGAUGGGGUGGAUCCGGGGUGAUGGAUGUGGACAUUGGACUGUGGGUGUGGGAGGGGUGCUGCGGAGGUGGGGGGGGGGGGGGGGGGGGGGUAGGUGUGGGGGGGGGGGAGGGGAGAGUGGUUGGGGGGAAUACGUUGAGAGAGGAGCAUAUGAUUAGUGUGGAAAAGUAA